GAGAAACAGGGGAGACUUGCUUCUAAAAAUAAGCAUUUGGGGAGUAGGCUUCUAUUUACAUUUUCCUGCCACCUCAUCUCCGCCCUCCUUACUGGGUUAAUGGCUGAGUUGGGAGUAUAAAUCCCUGCACGUUAGCGAGAAAAGGGGGAGGAUUAUGAGGCGAGAACAGGAAGUGAGGAUAUAAAUAAACCACAAAAGAAAUGCAGAGUGAGGACCGAUGAGAGAAAGGGUUAAGAUAUGAGACGACCGAAGAAAGAAACGGAGCACUGUUUCGUCGAGUACCCUCUGAAUGACCGAUCUCCAAAAUGUCUUCAGCGGCCCUUUUCAAGCUCUUGCAAACUCUACCCGGUGGCUUCCGUUAGGAGAGAAAAGUAGGGAGGCGAGGAGGAGGGAACAGCUGGCAAACGGGACUGCAGAGACCGCAUUUUAAGGAGUACAGUAUCAGAACACUCCGUCUAGCCGUCCUAGCAAAACCUUUUUGUUUAACAACAUCGUGUAUCCCCAGCCCUUGCCCUAACUCCCCCUUUGAGUUUUCCCGCCUUUCUCCAGAGACGCCCUGCCUAGACGACGCUCAUAGACGCCUUCCUCCUCCUCCUCCCCCCUCAGCUUGGCUCUCCUGUUCACGGAGGGAGCUGGGCUGGGCCCCUCGUCUCGACCGAGGGGUUUUCUCUGAUUUGUUUUGGUUUUUCCCUAGUUUUGUUACGGAGGUGGUUCUCUGGCGUUUUAUCUCCUUCCUCUGCCGCAGUUUCGAGGUCGCCUUUCCCAAGGUAAAUAGACAAGUUAUCUUGUGAUUUCUUCUUGAAAAGAAUGUUUCUGCGGAACACAGCUCUGAUUGUAGACAAAUUUAUCUGUUUGUAAUGAUGGAGGAUAUUUAUCAAAAGUCUCCCGAAAAUGCAGUAUUUGCACAACUAACUGCAGUUUUGUCAACAGAAACAGUACCCUGGGACAACAGUGUCAUCAGUAGCAAGAACAUCAUCCUAAAUACAAGCCAGUGUUCUGAAGAACACGUUCUGAAAUGCACAUUUAAGGCCUGUGAUCCUGAACAAACAGGAGAGGUGUCUGUUUUCCGAAUAAUUGAAUACUUACAGGAGAUGACGGGGGAGAGCUGCGAAGACUGGAGGUUUCGGUCUUUGUAUAAGAGAUUGGACCCUGAAGAAAGAGGGGUUACUGUUGAUUUUUCUACCUUCUAUGCAGUCAUGAAAGAUUGGAUUGCAGACUGUCGACAUGAAGGCCAAAGAGAAGAGGCUACAGAGCUAACAAAUAGCAUACAUGACCUUCAGCAGGGAAACAAGAAACUGGCAAGGCAGAAUAUCAAGCUGCAAAAGACUAUUGAGGCUGCAGAAGAGCUCAAUUCAAGACUCUCUGAGGAGAUGACUGAGCUGAAUGGGAAGCUGAGAAGUGUUUAUUACAGCACCCAGCAAGCCCUGGAGCAAGCUAAGGUCAUGGCGAAUGAAUUAGAAGAUCUGAAGAUUUUUUCAAAAAAUCUGGAAGAGGAAACUAAUAAACUGCACACGCAAGUGCGACAGAUGGAAAAAGAACAGCAGUUGCUUUCUGUUCAAGUGGAUAAUCUGCAGGAAGAGAACAAGAAAUUGCUUCAGGAAAAAGAAAGCACUAAGUAUAAAAUCAAAGAGCUGUUUACCAAGAAGGCCAAAAUUAAGUUCCAGCUCUCUGAGUAUGAAAACCUUCUCUCCUGCAAAGAUGCUGCCCUUAAUAAGAAAACGAAAGAAAUUGAAGAUCUGAGGAUGACCCUGGAUGAAUACCGAAUGGUGAUAGAGGAAUUAAAACUGGAAGUCAGCAGGCACCAAGACCACCAGGACCAGUACUAUCAAGACCUAGACAUGCUAUCAAGAGAUUCCCUACAAAGUGUGAAGGCUUGUUUACAAGUUCCUGCACAGCCACUGUGCACAGAGAUAGAAGAAUCACAGAAGGAGUUCAGUGAAGGGGCUGAUCUGCCUAGCCCAUUGUGUGGGAUGUUGCCAUCUUUGAUGACACGCCCAGUAACUGCAGAGGAACUCAGAUCUUUGGCAGAAGAACAGGAAAUGGGCAGAUCAGGGACAGAGUAUCCCAGAGCAUUACUGCAAAGGACACAUAGCCUACCUCACCUGCUUUUUAGAACAGAUGCUAAACAAAUACUGAGGGGCCAGGAAUGCAACCAGCAGCAACAGCACCUUCCAUCAGAGGUGGGAGGAAGGAGCUCUGAAGUUGCCUUGCUGGAACAAGCUUUAGUCCCGGUUCAUGGUGAGCUAACUCCAGCUACUGGGAAGACACUGAAUGACAGCUUUUUUGAAAUCCUGCUUCGAAGGUUCCUGGACGUCCCCUUAGGCUUCUUGCUACUGCACAUCAUGCAGAAAUGGGUGUUUCCUGGGCUCCUACUUGCAUGUAUUUCACUGCUAAUAAUGGGCUACUUGGUUCUACCUUUCAACCAACAUCCUGUCUGGAUUGAACCCAACGGAAAUCCUUGGCCUCAGCUGCAUUUGCAGUAUCUACGACCACCACCUAUCUAACCCUGUCCUCUUCUCAGUUUUUGUAAAGGAAAAUAAGUUGACUGAGAAGAUCUAGGAGGCAAAUUAAAAAUCUGUGAAAACAAACUGAGUGAAUUACUUCCAAGAUCAGUCUGUAGGUGGGAACAACACUUUAAAAAUAUUUUGUUUUAUAUGACCCCCUUAAAGAAGAGUACAGUACAUCUUUGAAAUGUUGAAGUUGGCACAAAAAUAAAGACAUUUUCUGCUAUCAUA